AUGAGUUUCAAAAUUGUGCAUCCAAAUCGCGAUUCCAGCUGGGAUUUCCUUCAAAUUGGAAAUCCACUAUCUAAAUCGCGAUUCCAGCUGAAAUCACAAGCUGCGCAUGUAUCUCCUCUUCAUGCCGCAUCAGAGAAGCUGAUCGUAAUUGCAGCUGGGAUUUCCUUCAAAUUAAUCGGUCAAAAUCUACCUAUUUGGUUGACUCGUUUAUCUUUCUUUGCAGUUUAUGUCGAUUUGGCAACUGUUGCUGGCUUUAUAUGGUGGUUUGUUUACUCUGAUGGUGGUCCUAAGCUUAGUUACAGUGAACUGGUUAGUUUUAAUCCAGCUAAAUUGGUUCUAACCCCAAGGAGUAAUUUAUGGCUCGUUGGUUCAAUUAUCAUGACCAUGGUUCUGCACAUACUAAUAUCAUAUGUUCAUCCACUGGCAGUCUUAUUUUCGGUAAGUUUCCGCUCCUCCGAAAUACUUGUACAAAAGCUGACGUAA